AUGGAGCAACAGAUGGCAAGUCUGGCGCGAUACCAGAUAUCUAGCUUCUUUGAAAGGAACACCCCUAUCAAUCAACAGGAGUGCAAUGAAUGUGCAGGAAGAAUUACAGGCGAAGUCGUUACUCCAACGCCUGUCCAGGGCGGGAGUAGCUACACUGUAGCCACCGAGACGUGCAUUGUCCAGUUUCGUGACAAAGACUCCCCUUUCGACUUGGACUUUGUCCGCUACAUCGAACAGGCCUACAAGGGCUUCACGCCGCUACAUGAGGGCUUUGGCCAACUGGGCCACCUUCACGUGUACAGGAUGACCAACAUGGGCGGCAUCUCGAUGUAUCUCGCGCGGGAUGCGCUGCAUAGGGAUGACUUCCACCUCCUUGACACAACUAUCCAGAGCUUGUCUAUGUUUUUUGCCUCCGCCUGGCACAACACACCGGCCCAGAUGCCACGAAAAGAUCCGAGUGUUUUAUCACGCGAGUACCUCGAGAAACUCACGAUGCUUAAGGAUGGGUUGCCCAUACGCUUCCGCAAGACUCUGGAGUACGUCAUCUCACAACUCCCGCGGCUUUUUGCAGAGGACUGGCUGCAGGUGCCCAACCAUGUCGAGCUCCUGGAGAACAACAUCCAUGUGGACCCAGAGACAGGCAUGGUUACAGGAGUCUGCGACUGGCCGGAGGCGGAGAUUGGCCCGUUUGGGAUGUCCCUUGGAGGUCUCGAGACCUUGCUCGGGAUCAACAGGGUGAAAAGGGGCUUUUGCUACCAUCCCAAGCAGCAAUACCUACGCGGCCUGUUCCAUCGGAGCCUCGAGCAAGCCAUGGGAUUCGCCUCGGCCGACAGCCGCGAGCGCAUGCGUGUUGCGAUCUUGAUUGGUCUCUUUCUGGCUAAUGGCUUCGCAUAUAAGGAGGAUGGAUCCCAGGUUCCCGCGGGAGAAGGAUCCUCGGACUUGGCGUAUCUUGACGUGGUCCUUCCCCAGCUUGGGGGCCUGGAUUCUGUCAAAUUUUGA